AUGCCUCCAAUUCCACCGUCUGCUCAAAGACACGGGCCAACAUGGUUCGACAAACUGAAGAUGGGGAUGCUGAUGGGUGGGACCGUCGGCGGAAUCAUGGGAUUCAUCUACGGCACCGUUACCAUCUUCCAGUAUGGCGCUGGCCAAGCAGGUGUUAUGAGGACCCUCGGAAAGUACAUGCUGGGUUCAGGAAGCAUGUUCGGGCUCUUUAUGGGCAUCGGUAGCAUCAUUCGCACAGACUCACCUGCGAUGGCAUCCUCCAUAUGGGCAAGAUCCCAAUACCCUCCACUCGUCCACCAACGACAACUUUCUGCCGGCCGCCGAUAA